CAGUCAGUGCCUUACGCGAGCUGGCCGCAAGCGCGUGUCUGCCCCAUGAGUUCACAGUCGUCGCCUUGUCCGAUGCAGCGAUCAGUGCUCGCCACAUGUGACCUGUGCUGCUGACCGUCUGCACGCUUCGCACUCCGCCCCCUCGCAUAAUGGGCUGCACCCGCGGACUCUGUGUCGCCGAGAAGGUGUUCAUCUUUAUCAACAUCGCGUUCGCGAUGUACAGCGGUGCGCUGUUGGCGACGGCGGCGCGGCUAGCGUGGGACCCCAGUACAUACACGUGGUUCCGGUUUCUGUGCGCGGCGCAAUACCGUGUAUCGGCGGCGUACGUGUUGGCCGCCGGGCUGUGGUUGGCUGCGCUCGUCUACGUCGCUGCGGCAGCUACGGCGCACGCGCACCAGCAUCAACGCGCUUCGCGGCACCCGCAACGCCUCCACAACACCACCUGCUUGCACUUGUAUGCGGGCGGCGUGGCGUGUCUGGCGCUCAGCGAGGUGGGAUACGGCGCGUGGAUGGCGGUGUCGCUGGAGCGCUGGUGGCGCACGGCGCCGCAGGCCGAGCUGGCGCGCCGCGGGAUCGACCUGCUGCACGACAUCAAGCCCGCGCUGCUCGCCAUGGAGCGCUACAAGGACGUCGCGCGCCCGCUCUACGACAUGAUCGAGGAGGUGGAACGCGAGGCGCCGAACAACGCGUUCGUUAUCAUCAUCUUUGGUGCUCUCGGCGCAGUCCUGCAGGUGGCGGCGUUCGUGAUGGCGCGGAGGCUAGCGCGGCGUGCGACGUACGCAGACGAGACGCCUGACAAGGAGAAGGAGGUGGAAGUUUGCCGCACGGCGCGCUGCGACGACGACAGCGACAGCGGCGACGGUUCGCGCACACGCAAUGUCGAUAGCGACCCGCCUCCUGGCUGGCGGAAGAAAGCUAAUCUGAGAAUGUACACGAUACUCGACAAAAUUUUCUAGCAGGUAAUGCAUAUCUCGCUGUUCUCUCAGUGCAUUGCUCUCUCUCUCUAUCUCUCCCUCCCUCUCUCCCGUUUUCUCAUGUCUGAGGAUCAUGGUCAGCUUCGUGCCUAGUUCUGAAGCGGGUGAUCUGCCUCCAUCUGAUUCUAUCCAGCGCGUCCCUAACGACUGCGCAAAAUUUGGAGGACGAUGAACCUUUCACUUGGUCGAUCCAUCUCGUUGGUGCACGGCCUCGUACUCGCCUUCCUUCCGUGUUACUAACUACAAUCAAUUUCUCCAAAUUUUCAUCGCCUCAGCGCAUCAUGUGGCCGACAUAUGAAAGAAUGCUUUGGUUGCAUAAUCAGGACAACCGAGUCUUAAUUUGAAGCUGAUACAGGAUUGACACAUUGGUACGUCUAGCGCUGCAAGGUAUAUUCUCCAGCACCACAUUUCGAAUGCAUCAAUUCUUCAUUUUUCCCUUGUCAGAAUUGUCCAUGCCACCAUUGUCUACACCAUACAGUAAUAGUUUAGUAGCAGUGGAGCUCCUUGUGAAAGAGUUCGUCCAGGGAAGUACUACCUUAAAUAUUUCUGCCGCCAAUAAGGAAUUUGAGCAUUGCUGCGUUCCAGUUUGAAAGGAUAAGGGUG